AUGGCAACUCCGACGCUCACGAAUCCUUCGCUGACGGCCGCCAUUUGCUCGCUCGAACACCAGGCAUGGGCUGCUCUCUGCAGCUCUGGCGCUGACCUUGUCCCGCUGCUCUCGAGCAACCCCGUCAUGAUAUUCCCCGGCAACCUUAUCUUUACGUCUGUGUCUUCGCCAACCAUUGGCGAGAUGCUGCAAGGCUCCGAAUUCAAACCUUGGAAGUCGUAUACGCUCAGUCACGACGAAGUGGUUCCACUGGGCAAGGACAGUGCGCUCGUAUACUACCGCGUAGAAGCUACCAGGGUAGACGAGACGUUCCGGGCCAUCUGCUCGAGCGUGUGGGUUUUGGAAGGGCCCAUGAAUAGCGCCACCGGAGGCUGGAAAAUGGCAAGCCACCAGCAGACGCUGAUCUAG